AUGGAUCAGGACAGCGAUCGAAAACACUCCGAACGUCUCGCACGUAUCCGUGAAAACCAACGAAAGAGCCGCGCCAAGAAGCAAGAAUACAUCCGCGAGCUGGAGCAGCGACUCGAGACCUGCAAAGGCGAGGCCAAGGUCGACUGUAUCAAGUACCUCCUGAAACUCCAGGCCCUUGAAGCAGAAAAUGGAUGCCUGCGGGAGCUGCUAGGUACCCUGGAUGUCUCAGCCGAGACGAUCCAGGAGUACCUUCGCUCCCAAGCUCGAGGUCCAGGCGUAGCGGCGGAUUACAAGAUUGCAAUUCCCGGCCUCGUACGACCAGCUGCGCCAAACGCCCCUAGGGCGAGCGCAAGUAGGUCCCGAUCGAGGACCAACCAGAAGAGCGCUUCCUCUGGAGGAUCGAAUCACCAGGUCGACCAGAUCGGGCAGGCACCUAACGACGGUCAAACCGAAGUAAAUCUGCCAUACCGUGACACGAACCUCGAGACACCGGAAUCAGGAACACAAAGCCCCGCUGGAGAAGGACUGGAUGUCGCGGACAAGAAAGAAAUGGAUACUGCCGACGCAACGUUGCACACCAAAGCCCAUGAUCUCAUUUGCCAAUACAACACUCGUGGUAUCGACAUGGAUGAGAUCUGGCAGCGGUUGGCACCUGCAAUAAUAGUGGAUCGAGAAGGCAACUGUUGUCGGGUGCAGAACCAAGCUCUGUUCCAAAUCCUGGACGAAAUCAGUAGCGAGAUCUAA